AUGACACGAGAAGUCAGUUCUGAAGCUCGGGCGCGGAAGCGAGAACGUGACAAACAGAACCAAAGGCAGCGUCGCAAACGGGAACGCGAUGCCUUCGAGGAGCUACAGCUAAAGAAUGAGCUGCUGGAACAGCAGGUGAAGGCUUUGAGCACCGGGACGGCCCCAGACAUCCAACGGCUGAACGAGCAGGUGGAGGUUUUGCAGAUGGGCAACAAGAAGCUGAAAGAGAAAUUGACAAUGGUGGACAACUUUGUCAGAUCUUGGAACACGCUUGCAAGUGAUUCGGUCGCUCCAACUUCUGCUACGCCAUCGAUGAAUGCAAAAGAGGCGAGAAUGCAGCCGCCGGUGCAGAUGUCGCAGGCCCUGUCACCGGCUGUUUCCACUCCGCGACAUAGUGUACGCUCACCUGUGCCAUACCAAGUAACGGGAUACUUCACCGGAAGAAGGCGUGGUUCCCUAUCCAGCGACUGGUCGGGGUCGAUUGCAAGUCCCGCCUUCGACGAGAACUCGAGCAAGCUAGAAGUAUGCGAGAAGAGACUAAGCUUCUUGUUGGAUACACCUCGACAUCAACGGCUACCUGUGAAUCUACGGCUGAAUAGCGCACAUCCGCAGCCUGGAUUCGAUCCUUUUAGCCUCAUCAUUGAGAAGAUGCGCAUCUCAAACGCUUGUUUUGAAGCCUGCGAUCCGUUUCCGCAUCCGUUCGACCUCAUGUAUGGAGAGUCGCGGAACGAACUCGCGAAUGCGGUUGCGGUCAUCACUUACCCAAAUCCAUCGCGUAGGACAGAGAAGCUGGCUUAUCAGUGGUACAGUUAUCUUCUUGCACGUUGGAUGAUUGACCCUACUCCAAUAAACUUCUCAAGGAUACCUCCCAUGCUUCACCCAACCAAUCGACAGCUAUGCGUGCCUCACGCCCCGAUCUUCGAUUAUAUAGCCUGGCCGACCAUGCGUGAUAACUUUAUUGAUUCCGGAAUGCGAUAUUGUCGACCUGAAGUGUUCGGACUGCUUUUCGUGACGUGCCGGCUACGGAACACUCCCAAUGCGGAUUACAUCCUGAGAGACGUGAACAACGAGGCGUACAUCGAUCCGGCUUUUCUGGCAAAGGUUUGUGACAUCGAUAACUGGGUGCUUCUCGACCGUUUCUGGACAGACUAUCCGGACUUGGUGAAAGGUAUGGACCCGGCAAAACAUAUGAUCUCCGAAGAAGACCUUGUCUGA